UUCCACUCACAGCCAGGCACUUCAUUUCAUUCCAUUUCCCGUGCACUUUUUACUUUCUGGCAAACUCAUUUUUUACACGCUCCCCCCGGAAAAAUCGAAAAAAGUAGUACGGCAUUCGGAACGCUCGCAACUUACCGGCAGGGGAAUAGAAAAUCAAGUGAAAUCGUGUUCAUCCAGCCAACCAUACAUUCUCCACACAACUUAAAGGCAUCAUCUCCUUUCGCAGUGAUUGCGAAUUCACAGGAUGCUCGGCACUUUCAAGAUGCGAUCUGUUCUGCAGACUCAAAAGAUAUUGCGAUCGAUGUGCCAUGAUUCGCAACGCAUUAAGGCGCAGUUUCUUCUCCAAAAUGGAGAGUCCCCUUCCAAUGUUGAGGAGGUCGAACAGGAUAAGGAGGAGCAGGCCGUGGCGGAGCCACGCCCCCGCACACCCUUGCGCAAUCCACUAAGUCGACGCAACACUGUGAACAGCUCUCGACUCCAGUACAUUAAUGACAAAUACAAGGAGCUGGCCAACGAGGUGGAGUUGCGCAAACCGAAGGCCAAGCCAUUUGUGUCCCGCCACGCCCUCCAUUCGGGGCGGUUUGAUAAGUAGGACCCCAGUCUCCAAGCCUCGCAGCCCCUUUUCCAAGUGAUCGAAAAUGAUGACUUCGAAAGUUGCAUUCUUUUCCGUUUAAAACAAAAAUAGAGGAUACUCCUCCGUCAACUGUUUGAUAAAUCGCUUCCCUUCCUGUUAAAUCGCAAUUUCAAAAGCUAAUAAAUGGGCUAAGACAACAUAA